UUUAUAUAAAGACCUAUAUAUAAGGCAACUACUGUAGAUGCCCUUUCAUCCAUCCAUCCAUUCAUCUAUCCAUUUGUUGCACUGCCUAUCCUACACAGGGUCAUGAGAAACCUGGAGUCUAUCCCAUGUGACUCUGUGCAUAAGGCAGGGAACACCCUGGACUUGGUACCAAACUAUUACACACCCAUUUACACGCUGCGGACAAUUUAAAGAUGGCAGUCAGUCUACAAUGUGUCACUGGACUGCGGAGGAAACCGGAGUACCUGGAGGAAACCGAUGCUCUGCUCCCCUAAACCCCUAGUUGAUUCCAACGAUUACAAUCAUGAAGGGACACUACACUAUCUGGGCACUGCUCUCGGUUCUGUGUGGACUGCUGCCGUUACACACACAGGCCGGACGGCAGAUGCCAAAACUCUCGGACAAGAAGCUGUGUGCCGAUGCAGAAUGCAGCCAUCCCAUCCUUAUUGCCAAAGCCAUCCAAGAUUAUUAUCCACAGGACUGUCACUUCAUUCCCAUCCACCAAGGCCAACUCGUCUAUGUCUACGCCAUGCUGAAAGACCGGGGCAACCUCUUUUGGUCUGGCAGUGUCCAGGGAUCGUACUACGGUGAGCAGGAGGCUCGGCUUGGCUAUUUCCCCAGCAGCGUAGUGGAAGAGACCCAUGCUUUAAUGCCGGCUGAGGUUGAGGUCAAAACAAAUAAAUGGGACUUCUACUGCCCAUGAGAUGCUGAGGUCUUCCCAUGAGAUCUUCCAAUGAAAGAAUAUUAUCUUUUUGCACUUUACAGCAUGCCGAGCAUUGUUUUUUUGUCCCGCCCCCCCCUAACACUUAUGAAGCAGCUUCAUUAAAAUCACCUGCUCUUAAA